AGGACGCAGAAGUUUGUGACUCACUCCUACCCACCUGGCGGUAAGCAUGAUGCGACUUCUUCCACUUCUGCUGGGGCUCUGGGCACCCCCUGGCUUCUUGCUGCCACCAGGAGAUUGUCAGGAGGUGGCUGCGGUCACAGUGAAAUACCAGGUAGCAGAGGAAGUGCCACCUGGCACGGUGAUUGGGACACUGUGGCAGGAACUGGGCCAGGGAAGGAAGAGCGGGCAUGGCGAGGGAUCCUUCCAGCUGCUGCAGCUGCCUCAGGAGCUCCCCAUCCAUCUGAACCCCAGGGAUGGGCUGCUUAGCACUGUGGGGCGGCUGGACCGGGAGCAGCUUUGCGGGCAACAUGAUCCCUGCCUGCUGGCCUUCAAUGUGCUGGCUCCAGACGAGCUGGCUCUGUUCCAUGUGGAAAUCCAGGUGCUGGACAUCAAUGACCACGAGCCUCAGUUCCCCAAAGGCAAGCAGGAACUGGAAAUCUCUGAGAGUGCCUCGGUGCAAACCCGAAUCCCCUUGGACAGGGCCUCGGACCCUGACACAGGUGCCAACACCCUGCACUCAUACACCCUGUCCCACAGUGAGCACUUUGCUCUGGAUGUCAUUGUAGGCCCCGACCAGACCAAACACGCGGAGCUCGUGGUGGUGAAGGAGCUGGACCGGGAAAUCCAUUCAUCCUUUGAUCUGGUCUUAACUGCCUAUGACAAUGGGAACCCCCCAAAGUCGGGCACCAGCUUGAUCCAGGUCAACGUCCUGGAUUCCAAUGACAAUAGCCCCGUGUUUGCUGAGAGCUCCCUAGCCCUGGAAAUCCAGGAAGACGCCGCCCCUGGGACUCUCCUCCUGAACUUGACUGCCACAGACCCCGACCAAGGCCCCAAUGGGGAGGUGGAGUUCUUCCUCAGCAAGCACGUGCCCCCCGAGGUGACAGACACCUUCAGCAUUGAUGCCAAGACGGGGCAGGUGAUUCUGCGGCGAGCCCUGGAUUAUGAGAGAAACCCCGCCUAUGAGGUGGACGUCCAGGCCAGGGACCGGGGGCCCAACCCCAUCCCCGCCCACUGCAAGAUCCUCAUCAAGGUGCUGGACGUCAACGACAAUGCACCGAGCAUCCACAUCACGUGGGCAGCUCAGCCUUCUCUGCUUUCCGAAGCACUCCCCAAGGACAGUUUCGUGGCCCUGGUGAUGGCGAAGGACUUGGACUCGGGACACAAUGGGCUGGUCCACUGCUGGCUGAGCCAAACACUGGGCCACUUCAGGCUGAAGAGGACCAAUGGGAACACUUACAUGCUGCUCACCAACGCCACACUGGACAGGGAGCGGUGGCCCAGGUACACCCUCACUGUGCUGGCCCGUGACCAGGGCGCCAGGCCCUUGUGGGCUGAGGAGCAGCUCAGUAUCAGGAUCACCGAUGCCAAUGACAACGCGCCCGUGUUUGAGAGGAGCCGGUUCGAGGUGUCCGUGCUCGAGAACAACCCACCCUCUCUCCCCCUGCUCACGGUUACGGCGCAUGAUGCGGAUGAGGGCGUCAACGGGGAAAUCUUCUACAGCAUCCAGGAGUCCCCAUGCUCUCGCUGGGUGGCCAUCGAUGCUGUCACAGGUGAGGUGACUGCCCAGCGGUCCUUGGACUAUGAGCAGGUGACGAGUUUUGAGUUCCACGUGAUAGCAGAGGACAGGGGCCAGCCCCCGCUGGCAUCCAGCGUCUCGGUGUGGGUCAGCCUCCUGGAUGUCAACGAUAAUGCCCCAGAGGUGAUUCAGCCCCCGCUCAGCAACGGAAGAGCCAGCCUCUCCGUGCUUGUCAAUGCCUCCACUGGCCGCUUUCUGGUGCCUGUCGAGUCUCCUAAUGGCCGGAGCCCGGGGGGUGCAGAGCCAACGGCCCUGGCCACUGCCCACUCCCAGCCCUUCCUCUUGGUGACAAUCAGAGCCCAGGAUGCAGACUCGGGGCCCAAUGCAGAGCUGAUCUACAGCCUCUGCGGCAAGGACAGAGCUCAUCUCUUCGUGCUUGCACCACUCUCAGGUGAGCUGUUUAUCAAUAUCACCAAUGCCAGCGGCCUGGUGGGCAGCAAGUGGGAGCUGGAGGUGGAGGUGGCAGAUCAGGGCAGCCCCUCCCUGCAGAGCCGUGCUCUGCUCACCAUCUCCUUUGUCAGCAGCGUGGAUCACCUGAGGGAGCUGACCCAGGGCGCGGGAGCCCUGAGCCCCUCAAUGCUGACCACCGUCUGCCUGCUGGUUCUGCUGGCCGUCUGCGGGCUCAUCUUGGCACUCACCAUGUCCAUGCGCCGGGCAGAGAAAAAGGACAACAGGGCCUACAACUGUAGAGCAGCUGAGUCCACCUAUGGCCAACAGCCCAAGAGGCCCCAGAAGCACAUUCAGAAGACAGACAUUCACCUGGUGCCAGUGCUUCGAAGCCAGGCUGAUGAGCCAGGGGAUAGGGGGCUGCCCCCCAAAGAGGCCAUGGUGGAAACAGGCCAAGACCCGGGCUUGCCGGCCCCCUUUCACCUCACCCCAACCCUGUACCGAACCCUGCGUAACCAAGGCAACCAGGGGCCUCUGGCUGAGAGCCAAAAUGGACUACCGGACACUGUCAACCUCUUUUUCAACCAUCUCCGGCAGAGAAAUGCUUCCCGAGAGAACCUGACCCUCCCUGAGCCUUCCCCUUGCUCCAAGUCCCCAAAGGGGACAAGUGGUGGCCCUGUGAGGCUGCCCAGAGCCCUGAGCAGCCAGGAGGCCCCUCUGAGCAACGCUCCAUCCUCAGCGACCCUGAGGCGCAAGAGGAAUCUCUGCAACAAAGUGGCCCCCAAGAUGGAGUCCGGGCCCCGCCAGAUCCUGCGGAGCCUUGUCCGGCUGUCUGUGGCUGCUUUUGCAGAAAAGAACCCCAUGGAAGAGCUGGCUGUGGAGUCCCCUCCUGUCCAGCAAAUAUCCCAGCUGCUGUCCUUGCUGCAUCAGGGACAAUUCCAGCCCAAGCCCAACCACCGGGGAAAUAAGUACUUGGCCAAGCCGGACAGCAGGAGCACAGUCCCGGACUCAGAUGACUCAGGCCCCAGGGUUGGUGGCCAGGCAGAAGCUGACCAUGAGGAAGGGCCAAUAGACCCUGAAGAGGACCUUUCUGUGAAGCAGCUUCUAGAAGAGGAGCUCUCAAGCCUGCUGGACCCCCACACAGGCCUGGCCCUGGACAGGCUGAGCACACCUGACCCAUCCUGGAUGGUGAGGUUCUCCUUGCCCCUGGCUGGCAACUACCGGGACAACAUCUUCUCUGCAGACACUGCGGCCUCCGAGGAGCCCAGAACCUUCCAGACCUUUGGCAAGGCAGUGGGGCCAGAGUUGAGCCCAGCUGGCACACGACUGGCCAGCACCUUCUUGUCAGAGAUGAACUCCCUGCUGGAGAUGCUGCUGGAGCAGCCCAACGUGCCCAUGGAGGCUGCCUCUGAGGUGCUGCGGCGGCUCUCUGUGUGCGGAAGGACCCUCAGCCUAGACCUGGCCACAAGCGGGGCCUCGGCCACAGAGGUCCAGGGAGAUCCUGGUGGAAGGAAAUAAGCCGAG